GGCUGUGGUCAGUCUUCCUCGCACUUACUUGGAAUGCUUUCAAAUCUCCAGCGACCUCGCCUAACCCGACGCGGCUCUUCCUCAGAGAACACUGGCGGAUCGAUGUGCCUCUAACCUCCGUCACUGCGCCGUCUGACUCACAGCUCGAAAUGAUCAGUAGCAGUGGUGUGUAUGGCGUGAAGAUGCAGUGGACCCCUGAGCACACCCAGUGGGCAGAGCAACACUUCGACAUCUCGUCCACCACGCGCUCGCCGUCCCACAAGGCCGAGGGCUACCGCAUGCAGAGGGUGCCCGGCGCCAUGUCCAGUUCCGCCGCCGCCGCCGCCUACCAGUACAGCUGGGCCAACGACGACAUCUCGGCGCUCACCGCCUCCAACCUGCUCAAGAAGUACGCCGAGAAGUACUCGGGCAUCCUGGAGGUGCCCGGCAUGAGCGCCGGGGAGCGGGCGCUGCUCAACGCGUACCCAGACGCGGCCGGACCCAACGGGCUGGCCAACGGGAGGAAGGUGGAGGCCGACCCGUGGGCCGAGCCCGUGGGCGGAGGAGGGGUGUACCCGCUGGGCUGCGAGGUGGGCGUGCCCACGGGCAAAGUGGGCAUGGCGGCCACGUCGGACGUGGCGGCGGGCGCCCUGUGCAGCUCUCCGGGCGCGGGCAGCGGCGGAGGUGGCAGCCUGGCAGAGCAGGGCUUCUCCAGCAGCAGCUGCGGCAGCCAGACGUUGGCAUCUCAGGAACCCUACGCAUCCGCCGCCGCCGCCGCCGCCUACGGGAGCUCCUACCUGCACGCCUCCUCCGGCGGGUACAGCGGGCACCCCUCGCCCCUCCUCCAGGCUCCCCCGCCGCCCCCGGCCUCCCACGCCACCCUGGUGCCCGCCGCCUACAGCACCACCUCCUCCCCGCCGGCUCUGCCCGGGUACAGCUACACCCCCUCGGGCUACGCCCCGCACCACCACCACCAGACCGCCUCCGUGGCCCCCGGCUACAGCCCCCCUCCGCCCCCACCCCCGCCCCCUCCCUCCUCCUACCUCCCCGCGGGCAUCGCGGUGCCCACCCCGCUGGCCCCCUCCACCACCAUGGCCUCGUACUCCUCCUACGCCGCGCCGCCCCACAGCCUGGCGCCCAUCACCCCCACCCCGCUCAACGGCUGCGGCUCGGGCUCCCUGAAGCGGAAGGCCUUUUACAUGGUGGGCCAGGCGGAGAUGGGCGAGCCCUACGGCGACUUCGGCUACGCCCAGCCCCCGCCCUCCGCCUCCGCCAGCCUCAGCCCGCUGUACCGGCUGCCCGAGGGCACCAACGCCAACGGCAGCUUCAAGGCGGCCGGUCAGGCGUCCCCCUCGGACGACCCCCGGGGCGGAGACUUCGGCGGGGGCUCGCUGACGUCGCCCGGGUACGUGGGCGCCUCCAAGACCCCCCACUCGGCCGCCGGCGAGUCCGCGUUCAGUUUCGGCUCGCCGGCGACCACGGCCGCCGCCAACGGCUCCCCCGUCGCCGCGUCGUCUUCAUCGCCGUCCUCCUCCUCGUCGGCGGCGGCGGCCGAGGAGCAUCUGAAGUCGGUGGACCCGCGCGUGCUGGAGCUGGUGUCCACUCAGGUCCUGCAGCAGCAGCACCCCCUGCUGGACUGGGGGGACAUCGCGGGCCUGGAGACGGCCAAGGCGGCGCUGAAGGAGGAGGUCCUGUGGCCGCUGCUCCGGCCCGACGUCUUCGGCCCGCUGGGGGGGGCGUCCCCCCCGCUGCCCCGCGCCCUGCUCCUCUUCGGCCCCCCGGGCUCCGGCCGCACCCUGCUGGCGCGCUGCAUGUCCGGCCAGAUGGGGGCGCCGCUGCUGCACCUGCGCGGCUCCCUGCUGACCGGCGAGUGGGCGCCGGAGGCCGAGCGGCUGCUGCAGGCCUGCUUCCUGGUGGCCCGCGCGCGCCAGCCCUGCGUGCUGCUCCUGAGCGAGGCCGAGGCCGUGCUGGGGAGUGGACGCCGCUCGCGCGAGGAGUCCUCUUCCUCUUCCUCUUCCUCCUCCUCCUCCUCGGCCGCUGCCCGGGUCAGGAGGGAGCUGCAGGCCCAGCUGGACCGGCUACUUUUAGGCAACAACGCCGCCGCUGGUUCCGGCGGUUCGGCUUCCGACGAGGCCCCCCAAGUCCUGGUCCUGGCGUCCACCAGCCGGCCCGACGAGCUGGACGAGGCCGCCGUGCACCGCUACUUCGCCCGCCGGACGCUCCUGGUGGCCCCGCCGGACGGCCCGGCCCGCCGGCAGAUCGUCAGCCAGAACCUGGCGCCGCACGGCUGCUGCCUGGCCGAGGAGGAGGUGGGCCUGCUGGUGCAGCGGACCGAGGGCUACUCGGCGCUGGCGCUCGCCCGCCUCUGCCAGGACGCCCUGCGCCGCGCCAUGGAGCUGCCGCUCCUCCGCCCCGUCGCCUACCAGGACCUGGACGCGGCCCUGCGCCGGACGCAGCCGGACGUCUCCCACAAGGACAUGGACGCCUACGUGGAGUGGAGCAAAAUGUUCGGCUGCAGACAGUGA